AUGGGUUUCUUCUUUGGUGACUCACAUGAGAGUUAUCUUGCCCGCUACCGGCUGCGGCUGCUGAUGGACAAGUGGCUUGACGUCUUGGCGAGGAGGCGGCCGGAGGAUCCAUUUGAGUGUCUUGUCGGGCUCAUCAACGCGUACACGCAGAAUGGCGUUGGACUCGUUACGUGUGAAAACAAGUGGUGUGAGAUGGUGAUUCCCGUGUCAGAGUACGCGGCCCACCUGAGCAACUGCUCUGAGGAGGGCAAGUGGGUGAAGUGCGCACGGUGCAACUUACGCGUGGAGGCGUCUCGCAUGCGACAACACAAAAGGAACUGUAAAUUAGAAAGCUGCACAUUCUGCGGGGAAAUGGUGGUACCAUGUCUUCGGGACAUGUGCCCGUACAAGUUGAAGGUGGAUGCCGAGCGAGCCUUUUCGAAACAAUUGUGUGACCCCAACAAGCGCGAUAAUGUGGUGUCCGCGAAAGAAAAUGUCAAACCGCCACUUUCGUCAUCCAUCGAGCCUUCGUCUGCAGGUGCCCCAUUGUAUUUGAGGCAGCCGUUAUCCUUCCCGGAUAAUUUGAGGGACCGUCUGAUUUGUAUUCAGGACCUCUGGCGCAACGCCGCUUUUCAAGAGCGUUUUCAAGAGCUCUCAUUCAAGUUUGUAUGGCGGGCCGUGGAGUUGUACCGCGAGAAGCGGGCGACCAAGGUGCAACUUGCUGUUCAUGGUGAUAAUCCAAAAUCAACGUCGUCGCAUCGUCUCAUGAAUUAUGUGGCACCUAUGAUGGGAUGCAUUUCCGCUUCAAGAUUUGAGGCUUUAGCCAAGACGAUCACAUCCGGAGAGGUGGUGGAGUUUGAAGCGGCGAAGCAAAUUAUCUCCAUGGCCGUCGGUAUUCUGGCUGCCCGCCCGCUUGUGCAGCGCGUGACGAUACCUGAGGACGGCGCUGCUGUGGUGAUUGGGGACCUACACGGACAGAUGAAAGAUCUUUGUGAGGCAAUAAAGCUCACCGGUGGGUUGCCGAACCCACGCCGCUAUUUAGUUUUUAACGGGGAUUUUGUGGAUCGUGGGUCGAAUGGCAUGGGAGUUAUUUUGUAUAUUUUUGCCCUUCUUUGUGCCUUUCCGACGUUUGUUUUUAUUAACCGCGGGAACCACGAGGACACACGCGUCAAUGCCGAAUACGGCUUCGAGACGGAGGUGUGCGGCAAGUACGGAAUGGAGGAUGCGAAGCGGCUUCUGGAGCUGAUUGUUGACAGUUAUGAAGCAAUGCCGCUGAUGACACUCCUGGACGGGAUGAUUCUCGUUGUCCACGGUGGAGUGCCGCGGGUUCCAGUGACGCUUGAGCGCAUUGAAUCGCUGGGUCGUAUGCGACACAUCCCUACAGCAGGGGAUAUUACAGAAGAUGAGCAGAUUGUUGUAGAUAUACUCUGGAACGAUCCGGUAGAAAGGCUUCACUCACGGAAGUUGGGUCUGCGACACCAGGCCGAACACUGGCGCACAAGUAAACGCGGAUGCGGAGUGGAGUAUCUUGCGCCCCUCACGGAGGAGUUUCUCCGACAAAAUAAUCUUCGGCUUUUGGUUCGCUCGCACGAGGAGGUGCAGGCGGGGUUUGAGCUCAUCCAUAAUGGCAAGUGCUGUACAGUUUUUAGUGCAUCGAAUUACUGCGGCGUCGCGGGCAACCGUGGAGCGAUAGCUGUAUUUUCAAAGGGUUCUCUGCAUCCUGUUUUCCACACGUGGUAUGUACAAAAUGAUGAGCUUGAUACAGACUUGUAUACAGCAAAAGAGUUUCUGCAUGAAAUUAUGCCUUCUGUUGGCAACAGUGGUGAUACCACCGAAAAGGAGGAGAAAUCAAUGGAUGGGAGGCCGCUAGAGGAACCGGAUGAAAAGCGAACGAGUGCGAUUGCGGAUAAAAAAAGAGAGUUUGAGGGUUUAAAGAUGACAAAGAACGGCCUAGAGAAGGGCAAGGAUGAUAUGGAAGCCGACAACACGGCGGCAUAUGAUACAUCUGUGGAGCGGAGAUUAAAUUCUCGCCUGAAUGUGCUUAUGAUAUUAGCUGGGAUUAUCUUCCGGAAGCGGUAUGCUAUACUAUCUGGUUUUGUUGCGGCUGAUUAUAGUCAAAGUGGCAUCAUCUACAAGAUAGAAUGGUGUGGGGUUAUGCGGAGUGUUUUGGAAAUUGACCUUCCCUGGUAUUAUCUUUGCAGGUUUUUUGCUGCACAACAAGAAUUGGACGGGGUGCCAUGUGUGCGGUACAUAUCUUUCCUGCGGAGGUUUGACGCACUUUUUUCGUCACAGUACUUACUGCCUUUUCAGGUGGCGUGUGUGCGCCGCGUCUUUGGGGACAUGGAUUUACCAGACGAUUUGCUUAGCCGUCUGGACAACACCGAUGUCCUCGAGGCAACAACGGCGUCAUCUCCGUUGCAUGGGCAAUGCCAGACUGCGAAUUCCGCGUACAGCAGGGGCGGUGUAACACCACUUGCAUCUCUUCACGGCACUUCAAGGAGCAGGUCGUUGCUAUCCUCGAAGAGCCCCGAGCUGCAUGCGACUCAGUCACAGGGUUCUUCAUGCCCUAUUGAAGCGUGGCGUUCUUUGAAGAUUGACUUCAAUCUUCUUGUCUCUAUACUUCGCUCAGAGUCCCGUGUGGCGGCUAAGCUGGAGGAUGAUGCCAUGUACGCCUUAUUUCAGUAUCUUGACCAGGAGGAGUGCGGGCACGUGGUACUGGGCAACCUUGUUGAUCUUGUGGAGGCAACUCUUGUGGAUGAAGAGGCGGGGGCCGUGUUGCUGGAGACGAGUAUUUCGCUCGACACGGAGUUUGCUUUCUCGUUCGGGGACAAAUGGAGGGACGAGCCGCCAAAGGGAAAAGGGGCCGUCACUCCGCCCAUCAUUUCAUUAGUCACGACGUCACUCGUGGACGGAAGCGGCGAACGGCAGGCGGAUGCAGGCGUGGAGAUGGCUACCCCGAGCAAUACUGCCGACGCUUUUGUUGUAAAUGGCCAAGAGAAAGAGUCCGACGGAACGUUGUAUGAAAAAACACCUCUUUUGCCAAUUGUCGCGGCCGGUACGCCGGAAAGUACGGGGACACAUGAGAGGAACUCGGGUCCGGGUUUAAGCCAUGCCGCGAAUCGACCGUUUAUGAGUACUGUGGAGGAGAGCAUUAUGGAUGCGCUUUGGAUUUAUCCUGCGCUUUUGCGUCUGCAUGAAGGGUUUGACUACGGCUCACUGAGUGCACUGCGAAGAAAUUUUAGAAACCUUAACCGUACCGGAGAUGGAAGACUUACAUUCGAUCAACUGAAUGUUGCCAUACAACUCAUGGGCCGGCACAUGCGGGAGCCACUUACAACCGAGCAGUCGAAAAUUAUAUUUAGCGCCAUACGUCUUGGCGGAAGGCGAUUGGCCAUGGCGCGCUCUCUGGAUGCUUUUUUGAAUACCCGAUCAGAUAUACAUUCUUCGAUGUCAUUUCCAUCUUGCAUGCUCCACGGACUCUCAAAAGAUUCCAUAACUGACAUUGAUGAUGGAGGAGAAUUAUCGCACAUCACUAUCAAUGAGUUUGUGACGUUUUUUUCCAUCACAUCUACAGGAGGGAAUUUGAACAGUACGCGUAGCAACGCUGAUAGCCCUAAAACGUCGCGGGUGGGUGAAAAUUAUAAUCCACUCAGCAUGUCAGACCGCAGACAUGCUGAGUUGGGGAAUUUCCUUGAAGAUCUUCGAUCAUGGCCCCAAUUAGAGGUGUUGGGGGAGUUGACAGUCAAGUCAUUUAGUUCCCGGUUUGACGGCAGCACAACUUUGCUGCGGGCGCUUCAAGAGCUGCUGCAGUCCUCUCCAAAACCAACAAAGUUGAUGGCGGGUCUGUCGGUGAGCCGCAAAUUCUCCCCACUUCAUUUCACUAAGUGUGGCAAUGGUUUUGUCUGUCCUCCCGCUAGCAGUCAACAGAAAAAAUCCCCUUUAACUGGAGUCCUGUCGGCAGAAGAGUCGAUGCCUGAGAGAACGCAGCCAAAUUCUGGGACCACGACGGUUGUACCACAAGAGAGCGGAGAAACCCGCAGCCCUGUUGACACCAACUCGCUCAAAGCCGUCAUUCCCGCCAGGGUCCACCCGGACCGUACGACUGUGGCCCCCACCGCUGUUUUUACCCCUGCCACUGGUUCUGCUGUUGGUGUGGGGACGGAGCGAAAGCAACGACCUGAUAAAAUCCAAACAAAACCCAAACAUAUUUCCACAUCACCCAGAGACCUUGUGCCUAUGAGUAGUAACCAUAGCGAUGCCCGAACAGUUGGCACAGUGGCCGGGCAGUCGGUACCGCAGAAAUUUUUAUUUGCUUUGUCAAACCCCUCUUCAGAAGGUGAGAUCUUAAAGACGACACCAGCUAUAACCCAGUCGCAACUAACUGGGCUGACUCCUAGUGUGAGGAAGGUGAGUCUUUCGAAUAGACCUCAGUCCAGGCUUCCAAAUCUCCGGGUCCCACUCAUGAUGACACCUGCACCACCGUCUGCGUCAAUUGAACCCCCAAAUGCAUCACUGAGACGAAAGUAA